AUGUACUCAAAGUGCCGGAGGCUCUGGCACGACGGAAAGGAGUGGUGGAUGUGGGAGGGAAAGCGCUUUCAAACGGCGAGCCAGGCUCGCGUGCGCUACAUCAUCAUGCAUCAGCUGAGCACCGUGUACAAACGAGUGAGAGUCGAGCUGAGCGAAGAGUUGGCGGGAACCACCAAUAAGGAGAGGGCUGCAGAGCUUGAGGCUCUUCUCAGGAACCUCAAGUCCUACAAUUGCUCGCAUGAGGUCGAUUCGACCCUGAAGAUCAUGGAGGGAGAGAUGUACUUGUGCCUGGCUAGCGAGCUGGACGGCGAUCCCGACAUCCUCAACGUCCGGAAUGGAGUGAUCGACCUGCGCACCGGUCAGCUCGACGUCCACAGGCCAGCGUAUGGCUGCACGAUGAUAGCGGAUGUAGACUACAAGGGACUGGACCACCCGUCUCCCACUGUCGACAACUUUCUGAACGACAUCUUCAACGAAGAUCGGGCCCUCAUCUACUUCAUGCAGCGACUCUGGGGAUACUCUAUCAAUGGGAGAACGACGGCGGAGCUCAUGGUGUUUCUCCUUGGAAUUGGCGGCAACGGAAAAGGAGUCUGCAAGCAGAUGUUGGAGGCCACGCUGGGCGACUACUAUGGUGUGAUGGCCAAGGACGCCGUGGUGAAGAGCCCCGGACAACGCCCUCCCUCCAAAGGGGGCGCGACGGGGUACCUGGCCGAGCUGCGCGGCUUGCGAGUCGCUAUAACCGAUGAGACCAGCCCCGGCGAGCGCGUCGAUUUGGGAUUGGUCUUGCUGAUGACCGGGGGCGGCAAAGUUACAGCGCGAUUGCUCUACAAGAACAACGUCGCCUUCCGCUGCUCUCACACGCCCUUCAACCAGACGAACUACGAUCCGGAGAUCCCACUGACGCUCGCGAAACAGAACAACAUCGAUCGGCGUCUGAUCGUGGUUCGGUUUCCGAACGAGUACGUGACGGAGAAUAAAUUCGAUGCAUCCAACCCCAGCCACAGGCUAGUAGAUUCCGGGCUGAAGGAUCGGAUGGAGACGAUGGUGGUCCGAGAAGAGUUCCUCUCAUUCUUGGUGAGGGGGAGCGUCGCUUGGUACGAGAACCCGGACGUCUUGAAGACCCAUCCUCCUGCCGUUCAAGCGGCGAGGAACGCAUGGUUGCAAAAAGGGGACAAGCUGCAGGUAUUCUUGCGGGAGCACUGCGUCAUGGAUCCCAACGAGACCGCCGAGAGAGAUCUGUCGGUGGUUUGGGAGGAGGAGUUUUGGGUACGAUUCCAGGUGUAUGCCGGUAUGAAGAUCCCCAAGGAGGAAUUGGCUAGGCAGAUGGGAGAGAAGGGGUAUCCUAGAAGGAAGCGGCGCUCUGAGACGGGCAAUCCGGAUUCAGGAAGAGCUCUUUGCUAUUUGGGCUUCAAAUGCGAAUACUAGGCGGUUGGAUGAGCC